AUGUCGCUCUUGGUGCCGGACUACGCGAGCUCGUCGGAGGACGAGUCGGGGCCGAGCGCGCCGCCGGCCCCUUCCACGACGUUGUACCUGCCGCCAGAUAUCCAGCGGCUGCUGGAGACUGGGACCAGCGGCGGAGCGCUGUCCGACGACAGCGACGACGACAACGAGCUGCUGGCCAAGCACAAGCGCGCCAAGAAGGCGGCCAGCAAGCGGCCGAGGCCAGCAGCCGCCGACAAGGAGUCGGUGCUGUCCUUCCUCCCGCCGCCGAAGCACGAGCUGCCGGCUGCAGAGACUGCAGCGCAAGCUUCUAUUGCCCCUGAGCAGCCAGUGGACGAGGCGGCGGCGGUCGCGAACGCUGCGGCUUGGCAGCAGUACUACCAGCAGCAGCAACAGUACCAGGCCAGUUACGCUGCGUCGGACGGCUAUUAUGUAGCACAGGGAGAGGAUGAUGUACCUGGAGGUAGCUCCAAGCGCAGGAGGACGCGCGAGAGGGACAUUGAACGUGCCCUGCAGCAGGGCCACUUUGAGACGGUGGCGGGUCAGAUCAUGGAUGUACAGGGCCCCGCGGCCAAUGCCUGGCAACCGCCAGUUGACCCGUUGACAGGUGCUAGCGGCGCGAGUGGAUCUAGUGACCAGGAAAUGAAGGUGAAGGCCAGCUUCUGGAACGCCCAGGCUGGCACCACGGUGUCGUCGAUGAAGCCCAGUCGCCUGCAGAGACAGAAACACCAGCUGAACCAGCUUGCGUUCGACGCUAAGGCACGAGACUUUGAGCUGCUUGACAAGCGAGGGGCGUCUCUGAAGACAAAGAGAGAAACGUACGCCAAGUAUGGCUGGUAA